AUGUAUGAUGAGAGUGAUUUAUAUGACUGCAAAAGAUAAACCAAUAGUAAAGAAUAAGAAGAAAUAAAUUAUUAAAAACUUAAAUUGUUUCCAAUAGAUUGUUGGAUUUUUGUAUUGCUAUGUAUAAUUUGAAUGAGCAAACAAAGCUCCUGUUACAUUUAUAAUUUCAAUCCGAAUUAUUUAUGAGUUCUUAAAAGACUUUAGGCUAUUUGGAGGUCCUGGAGAUAUUAUCUUUGUGAUUACAGUAACUAAUGGAAUAUAAUCAAUUGUUCAAUUUUCUACAGCAUUGUAUGUAAUCAUAGAAGACUUAGCUCCAGAAAAUUUAUUUUGUUAUGUAAUUAUUAAAAUAAAUUAGAUUACAGGAAUAGCAACUUCAAUAGUUUUUGUAAUUUCAAAUCUAAACAUCUUUAUGUUUGCUGCCUACCCACUUGCUUUGGUAUAUAACACUUUGGAGUAAACAAUCAAAUUUAUUCGAAUAUUUAAUUACUCUUUCACAGCUCUAAUAAUAAUUUUAGUUAUAUUAGAGUUUAUAUUUGAUAAUGGUAUUAUAUCAAUCUCAUUAAAUGGGUAUUAUUUAUUUUAUUGUUCUUAGAAUGUGUGCAAUUUCAGCCACUCAUUAACCUGUUUGGGACUACAUUAUUGCAAUCAUAUAUUUAUUAGUAUUUCUUUUAUUUGCAACUAUGUCAUUAAUUUUUGUUUUUACCUUUAAAAGGUUAGUCCCUAAAAUGUCAUCAAUUAGAUAAUUAAGAGGCUAAUACUUAAGAUAUUAUCAAAAAUUUAUUACUUUUAGUCUUGUCAUGAAAUUUCUACUUGGAAUAUUCAGUGCAACUAAUCUAUUAAAUUGCUAUAUAUUUUUGAAGACAUAUCUAUUACCAUCAGCGACUUGUUAAAAUAUAACUCAAGCCCUUUGUAUUUUAGGCUAGGUUAUUAUUAUCACGAAAGAUCCACUCCUCAUACCAAAAUUUAACAAAUCAUAAACUUCUGAUCCCUAAUUAGAUUAAAACCAAAAUAAUGAUACUAAGGAUUUUGAAAUAUCUUUGUAAUGUAAGAUUUUUAAUUUUUAUAAUAGAAUUUAAUCUUUUAGAACAGUUAUAAAAGGAAAUGAAAAAAACUUAAGUAAUUUCUAUGUUAGCUGGUAUAUAAAUACUAAAAAAGUAGAAAUAAGAAUAAGUUGUAUUUUACAAAGAUCUAGAGAUAAAUGAUGAUUAAGAUGAAUCUGAUGAAUCAAGUUAAGGAGAUUUAAGUGAAUUGGUGGAUGUAACUUUAUAACCAUUUAUUCCUGAAGAAGUUGAUGAAUGUAUGGUUGUUAAUCUUGAUAAUGAUCUUUUUAAAUCCUACUUUAAGGAAUCUCAAAAUAUUUAAGUUUUUUAAAUGAGAUGUAUAUUAUAUGCUCCUAAAAUUUUUAAUUACUUUGUUACUUUAGAUAAUAUUGAUAUAGAAGAUUCUUUUGAUGUUUAAAAGAAUUUAAUGAAAAUAGAAUAAUCAACAGGUCCUGAUGGUGGUAAAAGUGGUGAAUAUUUUUUUUUUUCUCACAACAACUAAUUAAUUAUUAAAACAAUGAGAUAAUCAGAGGUUAAUACAUAUAAAAAAAAUUUAUUAAGCUUUGCUACAUAUUAAGCAAAUAAUCCACAAUCUUUAUUAAAUAAGAUUUAUGGGAUGUAUACUUUUGAAAAAUCAAAAGUAAAGGUUCACUUUUUAAUAAUGAAGAAUUUGUCACUAGGAAUACCAAGAAAUUAGAUAUUAAGAACUUAUGAUUUAAAAGGAUCUUAAUAUGAUCGUGAAGUUCUUGCAAAGAAAACUGAAAGUGAUUUAUCGAAAUUGACUUUGAAAGAUUUAGAUUUUUUCAAAAUUGAAUAAUAAAUUUGGGUGGAUUAGAGCAUUACUUUAAGUAAUUUAUUUAACUAAGCCAAGAAUUAAACUAAAAUUUAAGCAAAGACUCUGAUUUUUUAGAAAAAUAACAACUUAUUGAUUAUUCUUUGUUAAUUAUGAUUAUUGAUUGGAAAGAUCAAUAAUAAUUACUAUAAAAAUAUUUGGAUGGCCAAUAAAUCAAUAUUAAUCCUUCAAUUAAAGAAUAAGGGGUAAUUUAAUAUAGAAUUUUUAGAUAUACUAUCAUAUAGGCAUUAUUGAUUAUUUAUAAAAAUGGAAUGUUAACAAAUCUCUUGAAAGAAAUACAAAAAAAAUUAUUAAAAUGAAUUUAUAAUUAGACACUUCAGCUUAAGAACCUAAAAGAUACAGUAAAAGAUUUAAAGAGAAACUGAUAAACAGAAUCCUUCCAAUAUGA